AUGGCAGAUAUAAAGAAACAGAGAAAGAAUCAGAUAUAUUGGCACAAGAAAGACAUAAAGAUAGAGUUUGAUACGUUCAGCAGCGAGGAAAGUGCAGAGCCCAUAUCCACAAACAACAUAUACGCCCCGGGCCCAAAGGCAGAGCCUCCUUUUGAGGUGGAAAUACUUGCCAGUAGAUUUCUGUACAAAAAUGGAAAAGAGGCAUCGCUGUACAUUAUUCGGAUAGCCUCUCUCGUGCACUCCUGGAUGCUGAUAAAGUCCAUCGCUGAAAUAGUAGACUUAAUCAACCUAAUAAAAGACAGAACAACCAUUCUCAAUAAGCUGAGCAUGAAAAGAUUCAAGUGCAUCUCUGUGGAAAACUAUAAGGAGAGGUACUCGAUGAUACAGCUUAUUUUGAGCACGCUCCUCAACAACCCAGACUACUACAAGUACAUACAGCAGUUCAUUCUGACAAACACAAUAUCCGACUCUGUGGACAUACACCGGGUCGAAGAGGCCUUGGAGAACGAGGAAAAAGACGGGGUCUUCCUCGUUGAGUACAAAGGGUGGAUGCUCGGGUGGAAAGUCCACUACAUACAGCUCCUGAACAACGUGAUUGUGAGCACGUCUGUGCACUCCGGGAAGGUGAAAAGCCUCAUAAACAUACGGGACAUAAAAAUCAUCAACCGAAUCGUGAAAAUACAGGGCGAAGGCGUAAGCAAAGAGCUUGUGGCGCACGACAAAAUGACUGUAGAAAUAGUGAAAAAGUGGAUGUAUUCAGCAAGUGCAUAUUAG